GGCGGCGGAGGAGGAGGACAAGAGGCAGCUCCCUUGAGCGUCCCCCCAGGCAGUAGUCACCGCAGUGGCGGUGGCAACAGUGGUGGCAGCGGCGGGCGGCGGCGGCGGCGGCUCUUCCUCUCGCCUGCGAUCCAAGGCUUGCUGUUCCCAGCCCGCGCAGGGCCCCGGCCACCUCCGCCGCCGCGGCUCCCCCUACACCCGGGCGCACACCGCGCGGACUCCUCUGGUUUUCCGGGCACCGGCGGGGGCUGCCCUGGCCUCGGCCCCGGCUCUGCUACCGGUGGCAGAACUCUGUGGCGGCCCCGAGGCGCCGCCCUCCCCCUUGCCACCGCUUGGCCGCUGCUCUUCGGCUCCGACAUGGAAGAUGGACCCUCUAACAAUGCGAGUUGCUUCCGAAGGCUGACCGAGUGUUUCCUCAGCCCCAGUUUGACGGAUGAAAAGGUGAAGGCCUAUCUUUCUCUCCAUCCCCAGGUAUUAGAUGAGUUCGUCUCUGAAAGUGUUAGUGCAGAGACCGUGGAAAAGUGGCUGAAGAGGAAGAACAACAAAGCAGAAGAUGAACCAUCUCCUAAGGAAGUCAGCAGGUACCAGGAUACGAAUAUGCAGGGAGUCGUGUAUGAGCUGAACAGCUACAUAGAGCAGCGCCUGGACACCGGCGGGGACAACCACCUCCUCCUGUACGAGUUAAGCAGUAUCAUCAGGAUAGCCACAAAAGCCGACGUUGCACUGUACUUCCUUGGCGAGUGCAACAAUAGUCUGUGUGUGUUCACACCACCCGGAAUGAAGGAAGGUCAACCCCGGCUCAUCCCCGCAGGGCCCAUCACCCAGGGCACCACCAUCUCUGCCUAUGUGGCCAAGUCUAGGAAGACUCUGUUGGUAGAGGACAUCCUUGGGGAUGAACGAUUUCCCAGAGGCACUGGCCUGGAGUCAGGAACCCGAAUCCAGUCUGUCCUUUGCCUGCCCAUCGUCACUGCCAUUGGAGACUUGAUUGGCAUCCUUGAACUGUACAGACACUGGGGCAAAGAGGCCUUCUGCCUCAGCCAUCAGGAGGUUGCCACAGCCAAUCUCGCUUGGGCUUCCGUAGCAAUACAUCAGGUGCAGGUGUGCAGAGGUCUCGCCAAACAGACCGAACUGAAUGACUUCCUGCUCGAUGUCUCAAAGACAUACUUUGAUAACAUAGUUGCCAUAGACUCUCUACUUGAACACAUCAUGAUAUAUGCAAAAAAUCUAGUGAACGCCGACCGCUGCGCGCUCUUCCAGGUGGACCACAAGAACAAGGAACUAUACUCGGACCUGUUUGACAUUGGGGAGGAGAAGGAGGGGAAGCCCGUCUUCAAGAAGACCAAGGAGAUCAGAUUUUCCAUCGAGAAAGGGAUUGCGGGUCAAGUGGCAAGAACGGGGGAAGUCCUGAACAUUCCCGACGCCUACGCGGACCCGCGCUUUAACAGGGAGGUGGACCUGUACACGGGCUACACCACGCGGAACAUCCUGUGCAUGCCCAUAGUGAGCCGAGGCAGCGUGAUUGGCGUGGUGCAGAUGGUGAACAAGAUAAGCGGCAGCGCCUUCUCCAAGACGGACGAGAACAACUUCAAGAUGUUUGCUGUCUUCUGCGCUCUGGCCUUGCACUGUGCUAAUAUGUACCACAGGAUCCGCCACUCUGAGUGCAUCUACAGGGUUACCAUGGAAAAGCUGUCUUACCACAGCAUCUGCACCUCAGAGGAGUGGCAAGGCCUCAUGCGCUUCAACCUGCCAGCACGGAUCUGCCGGGAGAUCGAGCUAUUCCACUUUGACAUUGGUCCUUUUGAAAACAUGUGGCCUGGGAUCUUUGUCUACAUGAUCCAUCAGUCUUGUGGGACAUCCUGUUUUGAACUUGAAAAAUUGUGCCGUUUUAUCAUGUCUGUGAAGAAGAACUACCGGCGGGUUCCUUACCACAACUGGAAGCAUGCAGUCACGGUGGCACACUGCAUGUAUGCCAUACUUCAGAACAACAAUGGCCUCUUCACAGACCUCGAGCGCAAAGGCCUGCUAAUUGCAUGUCUGUGCCAUGACCUGGACCACAGGGGCUUCAGUAACAGCUACCUGCAAAAAUUUGACCACCCCCUGGCAGCGCUGUAUUCCACCUCCACCAUGGAGCAGCAUCACUUCUCCCAGACUGUGUCCAUCCUUCAGUUGGAAGGGCACAAUAUUUUCUCCACGCUGAGCUCCAGCGAGUACGAGCAGGUGCUGGAGAUCAUCCGCAAAGCCAUCAUCGCCACCGACCUCGCCCUCUACUUUGGGAACAGGAAGCAGUUGGAGGAGAUGUACCAGACAGGGUCGCUGAACCUCCACAACCAGUCCCAUCGAGACCGCGUCAUUGGCUUGAUGAUGACUGCCUGCGAUCUUUGCUCUGUGACAAAACUAUGGCCAGUUACAAAAUUGACAGCAAAUGAUAUAUACGCAGAAUUCUGGGCCGAGGGUGAUGAGAUGAAGAAGCUGGGCAUACAGCCCAUUCCGAUGAUGGACAGAGACAAGCGAGAUGAAGUCCCUCAAGGACAGCUUGGAUUCUACAAUGCCGUGGCCAUCCCCUGCUACACUACCCUGACGCAGAUCCUCCCACCCACAGAGCCUCUGCUGAAGGCCUGCAGGGAUAACCUCAAUCAGUGGGAGAAGGUAAUUCGAGGGGAAGAGACAGCAAUGUGGAUUUCAGGCCCAGUAGCUGGCAAAAGCACAUCUGAGAAGCUGAACGUGAAGGUUGACGACUGAUCCCAAAGGGAUGUCCGCCCAGCAACGGACUCAACCUGCUUCUGUGACUUCGUUCUUUUUAUUUUCAAGGGGGUGAAAAAACCCUCUCUCAGAAGGUACCGUCGCAUAUCCAUGUGAAGCAGACGACUCUCUGCUUGCUGUACACACCUCGGACAGUGAGCUACCCAGGCUCCACCGUGUUCAGAUGUCGGCUAUUCCGUGGCUCCACCUGACCUUCGAAUGCUGUUUGCUACCAGGCCAGCGCUGCACUGGCUGGAGGGGGCAGAGACUACAGGAGGGGUUCUUGCCUGCAUCCUUCCAUGAGGGUGUGGCCGGUACCCUGGUUCUAUGCUUCCUCUCUAACAGCAAUGCUGCCGCUUGGUGGCAUUGGUUAGAAAUGGGACACACACCCCCUGUUGUGAAGUUUACAUGUGACCUUCCUGUAGGUUAACUGAGUUUGUAGCCUGGAACACACGUAAUGAAAGUUACGAGUCCACAGGUGAGAGAGAAAUUGAUUACAGGUGUACUUCAGGUGUGUUCCUUCAGUUUCUCUGGGGGGGGCACGUAGGUGAAUCAUUGCCACUCAGAAGGAAGCAUACCUCUGCCCUCAUCAAGGGGACACAGGGUACACCCCGGGCUUCGGGGAACUGCAGCUUUCUCUUCAAACCAUGUCAAAGAAUUAAAACACCCCUCUCUCCCCCACCCCCCACUGUAGCCUUUGGCGACUUUGCCAAAUUCUUUACACAAAGAAAAUAAAAGUAAGGCGUAUAAAUUUCCUCCAGCAAGCAAAUCUUGUGAGUAAAAAAAAAAAAAAUGUGAAUUUUAACAAUCUCUUUAUAUUUUCACUGUGUGUUAUGGCAGAAUUUUAGUCACAUCCAAAACAAAAGAUUAUUCCAGAGGACACCUCAUCCCAUGUCAUACCCUCUUCAGAGGCACAGACAGCAUGGCAGUCUCCCGGGGUUCUGAUCCCUCUCCUCACUGUGCAGUCAGGCUGGACAGGUGGAGAUGCAGGACCACCACAUUGACCCUGAUGGUGUCUCCUCUCACCGUUCAGACAUCCACAACAAAGGCUGAAUGCCACUGUGUGUGGCUAGUUCUCCAGUGUGUGUGACCUUCUAGAGAAGCCAGGGCCCCCUUGGCCCUCCCUGUGGAGUCCUAAGGAAGUCACAGGUUCAUGCUAUGGGGAUUUUCAGGAUAGCAGCAUGGAGACCAGAGAAUCCAAGCUCCAUUGUUCUCACUCAGUGAGCCUUGAGAAGGAAGAGACUGACCAGAGACCAGAAACAAACACUGGCAGGAGCAUGAAAAGUUGCUUUAAAACGAAUUUUUGGAAUAAAUUUUGAUACACCCGAUACCAUACACACAGAAGCUUGGCAUUUGCCAAGUCUAUUCAGUUUCCUUCUACACAUUGACGACUCACAGCUGUAGCAGAGUGGGCUGAACACAAGCCGUGUCUUUAACACUGUACAUGUGAUUUUCCCCACGGGCUUCUAAAAUGUCACCAUCUCUUCCCCGCCGUGUACUACUCCCUUUACUGUUAUAAGGUGACGUAAACAAGAGAAGCUACAACAACACCAGGACUGUGCACACAUGUGCACACACAUAUAUGCAUGGUGUGGGGGACAA